AUGAGAAAUCGGGUAGAAGAUAUUUUGGGUGUCGAUCUGGCGGAAGCAAUUCGGGAAGAUGGAGAAGAUGGGCAUGGUUGCGCAAGGGAGCUGAGAUUCGACUCUGAGAUGGUUGGUUUUGAGACAGUUGGAGAUGAUAGUGAGGAUGAUGUAUAUGUGUAUGAUGAGGGGUUAGGGAGUGAGGAUGGAUUUACAAAAUGGGAUGAGGAGGAGGAGGUGGAGGAGAAUGAAAUGGGAGAAGGAGAUGAUGGAGAAAAUCAGGGAUCAGAUUAUGAGUCAGUUCAUGGUGGAGAAAAUCUGGGGUCAGAUUAUGAGUCAGUUCAUGGUGAAAACGUAGUUGAUGGUGAAGGGUUCACAACACCAAAGAAGGGCAGGCAAAUGGUGCAAACUGUGUUCGGUGUUGAAGAGGAAAUACCACCCCCAAUUUUGGGCAUGGUAUUUAGUAGUUGGGAUGAGUUAGAUACUUACUUCUGGAGCUAUGCUAGGCAAAAGGGGUUUGGAAUAGUGAGGGCUGCUUCUGGAUGGGUGAAGGUGAAGAAGGAAUUGGGUACUGGAAAGUAUUGUAAGCAGCGGAGGAAUGCUAAGUGGACCUGUGACUGCUACGGAAGACCUUCUAGGAAGCGUAAAGUUGAUCCACUGAAGGAAGGUUUGAUUCAGGACGAGGAGACAGUUGUACAAAGGAAAACAAAAAAGUGUGGAUGUGAGGUGGAGUUGUAUGCAAGUGUUAAUGCAGAAGGGAAUUGGGUUGUUUGUAGGGUGAACUUGGAUCACACUGGUCAUCCAGUUACACCGGGAAAGUCCAAGGAUUUUUCCAUGUAUAGGAAGCACGAUUUGGUGAAUGGAGUGGAUCAGUUGACUUUUACUCAAAAAGACUUGACGAAUGCGGUGGCUGAGGAGGAGAAAAAGAGGUUGGAGCUUACCGAGGGUGAUGCAAAUGGGAUGAUUGAGUACUUCAACAAAAUGAGUGCAGAUAAUCAAAAAAAUUUCCAUCUGUGUAGGUUUGGGAAGGAUGGUUCCUUACAAGAUGUUGUAUGGGUGGAUGCGAGGAGCAGAGCUGCCUAUGAGGAGUUUGGCGAUGUUUUCUGUUUUGAUAGUACGUACUUGACUAACAAAUUCCAUUUGCCCUUUGCUGUAUUUCUUGGUGUGAAUCACCACGGACAGAGUAUAUUGUUUGGUUGUGCAUUGAUCUCUCGAGAGACAGCAGAAACGUAUGAGUGGGUGAUGAGGACAUGGCUGCAUUGUAUGGGCGGUAAAGCCCCUACAGCUAUUUUGACGGAUCAAGAUCCGACAAUUAGGAAAGUUGUGCAUUGUACAAUGGCUAAAACGACCCAUGGGUGGUGCAUAUGGCACAUCCUGCAGAAAUUUGGUAAGUAUGUGAAGCGUGAUGAUGAUUACGAAGUUUUAAAGGGUGACUUUGAUAGCCUCAUAUAUGGUAGUUUAGAUGCUGAUGAAUUUGAAGCUCGAUGGUGUGAUGCAAUUCAGCAUUACGAGCUACAAGACAAUGCUUGGCUAGAGGGUUAG